AUGGAGUUAUUUAACAAUGGAGAAGAGGUUGCUGUUAAGAAACUUCAUCAAAUGUUGUGGAUUGAUGAUGAACAAUUUAAGAAUGAGCUUAAUAAUCUAAUGAUGGUCCAACACAAAAAUAUUGUACGGUUAGUUGGGUACUGCUACCAUACAUCACAGAUAGUUGUUGAGUACAAGGGAAAUCAUGUUUCUGCUAGUGUGGUAGAAAGAGCAAUUUGUUUGGAAUACGUGCAGGGUGGAAGCCUUGACAAUCAACUUUCCGCUGAACCCUGCAGACUUGAUUGGGACACAUGUUACAAGAUAAUAAAAGGAAUCUGUGAGGGUUUACAUUACCUUCAUAAUGAUGAUACUCCCAUUUACCAUCUGGACUUGAAACCAGCAAAUAUUUUGUUGGAUAAGGAUAUGGCGGCAAAAAUUGCUGAUUUUGGUUUGUCUAGACUUUUUUAUUCAAAGCAAACCUAUAUGACACAAUCCCAAGAUAUUAAAGGAACACGUGGAUACAUGCCCCCAGAAUACAUCAACAGACAGAAAAUCAGUCCGAAGUUUGACGUAUUUAGUCUCGGGGUCAUAAUCAUACAAAUAAUGGCAGGAAAGGAGGGCUACUAUAGUUUUCCAUACUCCCCUCAGAAAGAAUUUAUUAAGAAUGUACGUGAAAACUGGCGAACUAAGGAGCAGGCAACAAUGUCGCCCCAUGCAUCUGAAGAAGUCAAUACAUGCAUCAAAAUAGCGUUGAAAUGUGUGGAGGAUGACCGAACGCGAAGGCCUACAAUAGCCCAGAUUGUUAAUGAACUAAGUAACAUUGGUGUUGCUAAAGUUCACCCAUUCAGUGGGCGAACAAGCUGA